AUGAUCAAUAAUUCAAUAUCCCACCCCAAGCCAGUUACUGUUGGAGUUCCUCAGGGAAGUAUUCUUGGACCACUUCUCUUCCUGAUUUAUAUCAAUGAUCUACCUGAAUGCCUGACGCACUGCAAGUCGAUACUUUAUGCUGAUGACACUCUCCUGUAUUACUCUGCAGAGAGUAUUUCAGAACUUCAGUCAAAACUCAACUCCGACCUGCAAUCCCUUUCCUGUUAUCUUAACAACAACCUCCUUACACUCAAUUAUGAAAAGACAAAGUUCAUCAUUUUUGCUGGUACUCGACGCCUACGAUCCAUAUCUGAAAUAAACAUCUCUAUUGGCAAUCGUACUAUAAAACAAGAUGAAUCGUUGAAAUACCUGGGAAUCACGAUCACCGAAAACCUUACCUGGCAUAAACAUAUUGAGAACCUAAUGGGGAAAAUUAACCAAAGAUUGGGAUUGCUGCGCCGUGUGAAAUAUUUCUUACCGCUGGAUGCAAGACAAAUUUUCUAUAAUAAUUUUCUUGUAAGUGCAUCAGGUUCAGGUCAACAAUGUUGUUAUAAAGGUGAUUCACUGUUGGUUGGACCUCCUGGUGGUGGUACAUUUGACAUCGUAUUUCCAGAAAAGAGCCUUCUGGGUCACCUAAGCCGAGAUGUGCUACCUUGGUUAGCAUGCUGUAAACUUUCUUUCUUUGACAACUGUGGUAAAUACUAUGAUGGAAGACCUUCCGAUGAUGGUUCAAGAUUCAUACCUCAACCAACUGCUGGUACCAGAGGUGAUCCUCAUUUAUCCACAUUUGACGGAACGUUCUACACAUUCAACGGUUAUGGUGAAUACGUCCUUCUCAAAGUCAACAAUGGCUUGGAUCUCGAGUUUCAAGGAAGAAUGGUACCCAUACUUGAUGACCACGGACGAACAACAAGAGCAACAGCCCUCACAGCAUUUGUCAUCAAGGGAGCAACGAGUGAUACGGUGCAGUUCGAGUUUAACAGACGGCGCAGCAUAGACGUGUUAGUCAAUGGUGAACGUGUCGAAUUUGAUGAACAAACAAGAUUAGACUUCACUGGUGUCUUCAUUGUUAAACAAAAUCAGUCAAAAUUUGGUACAUACUUCGCAUCAGGAGUAGCUAUUGUGGUCACAUCUGUAGAAGAUUUUCUUACUUAUCAAAUUUCAGUACCAUUAAGAUUCAAAGGAAGAACUGCUGGUCUUCUUGGAUUUUGGAACGAUGACAAAGAUCUAGAAUUUUUAUUGCCUGAUGGCAGUUUCAUUGAUACAAAUUCAAGUUAUCGAACAAUUCACCACGAGUUUGGCCAGAAAUGGAUUGUGGACAGAAGCAAGACUCUUUUCGCGUACCAUGUCGGAAAAAGUUACGACAGUUAUUUUACUCCCAACUUCAUUCCGGCCUUUCUUGACGAGACAAACUCAUUGUUUUCGAGUUUUACUUUGGAGCAAGAAGCAAGGAGUGUAUGCGGGGCGAAUGAGGAAUGUUUGUACGAUAUUGCUGUAACUGGUAAAAGAGAUAUUGGUGAGGCGACGUUGGAAUCCUUUAAUGAAAUACAGAAACGAACAAAUGCGUCGAAACUUGUUGCGAAGCGGAUUUUCUUUGGUUGUGAUGGAGUCGAGAACAGCGGAAAGAAAGUAGAUUUUUGUGGUGAUUGUGGAGGAGACAACUCAUCGUGCACAGAUUGUGAAGGUCGCAUCAAACCUGGCUUUCUUAACAAUGAAACAUGUGGUUCCUAUCUGCCCUGGAGUCAAUGGAGUGUUUGCAUCGGCGCAGAUGCAAAAGUAACGAGGGAGCGAAAUAGAACAUGUUCGAAAAAAGGACAUUGUCUGCAUUUAGGUCAAAAUAUGGAACAAGAAAUAUGCAAGACCAGUGAGGAUAACGCUUCUGUUUUUUUCUGUCUUGCUCAGAUUGCUUAUACGCGAAUAGAGCUUCGGGACUUUUUUCCUUAUGGACCCAGCAAUGGAGAUACUUCAGUACCCACCAAUGAUGACGGCAGUUCGGGUCUUGUCAAUAUUGCAUUUCCCUUUCCUUUCUUCGACGAAGAACAUGACUCCCUGUUCGUAAACACAAAUGGAGUGAUCUCUUUUCUUGUCCAAGUGUCACAGUAUACUCCUGACGCAUUCCCUCUUGGAGAUAAUCGACGUUUGAUCGCACCAUUCUGGGCUGAUGUUGACACAACAGAUGGCGGCAUUGUUUAUUACAGAGAAACUCAAGAACUUGCAAUGCGAACAAGUGUCUCUAACGAAAUUAAAAAGUACUUCGUUCGCCAAAGAAGCUUCUUAGCAAAGUGGAUCAUGAUUGUUACUUGGCUCAAUGUAGCUCAGUAUGGUGGAGGUUCCACUUUGCGGAAUACAUUCCAGACGAUAUUAGCAACGGAUGGUGUCAACUCAUUUGCAAUAUUUUACUACAACAAAAUUGAAUGGACGUUUGGUCUUCAUAGCAAUACUAAAGGAAUCUCUGCGCAGGCUGGAUUUAAUGCUGGGGACGGUGUUCGAUAUUUUAAUAUUCCAAACUCUCGUACUUCUGAGAUAAUCAAUAUUUUAUCGACAUCAAACUAUAAAAGACCUGGGAUGUGGAUUUUUCAGGUUGAUGGAGAGACGGUUAAGAAUACUGGCUGUGCAUCAGGACGCGAUCUGGUACUUUCUCCAAGGUCAGGAAUUGAAUUAGGAGGAACUGUGGUGUACAUAGGGGGGCCGUGUUACAAUUCAACUAAUGACAUCGUGUGUCGCUUUAACAAAAAUUUGGAGUCAGCUGCAGAGCUUAUCAGUCAACAAGCAUAUUGCGUUACACCUCCG